UAAAAAUAUGCAUUCAAUAAACAGCUAGAUUAAAACUAAAAUAAUGUACAAAAUGUAAGAAAAUAUCAGACAGGACUAAUCGCAAAUUUAAUACAAGGUUUAUGGCUAAUAUCAAAAUGGAUCAAGAUGAAGGAAUGGAUAAUAUCAUUGAUCUGACAGACACAUCUGACUCAGACUCUUACCAAGACAGAGUAUUUUUGGCUCAACACACACCUUUAGUGCUUGAACUGCACGACAUAAGAAAAGAUGAUCCAUUGCCCACUGAUGCUACUCCACCACAGCCACCAACAGCUGGAAAACUAAGGAAGCAAAAAAAGAAGAAGAAAGAUACAGCCAAUAAAAACGCGAGUUACUCUAGUCUUUCUAGUGAGAAUUUGUCUGAUGCUAGCUCCGUGGCGCCACCUCCUGAGACAAAAGAAAAGUUUUAUGAUGCCCGUGAAAGUUAUCAUGGUAUACCACCAAACCAGGUGCCAUUAACUGCAGCAGCUGCAGUACUACAAACGCAUUCUGUUACACCUUCCAUCACUCAUUCUAUUGAAGCUGCCCAAGACCCGAAAACUACGGCACCAGCAUCAUCUCAACAGCAAACAACUACUUCAGCUCCUACGGAAGAAAGAAAAGAGCCAUCUCCUAUUAGUAAACCAACCUUACCGCGGGAAUGAGUCGAUCUUGAAACUCCUACAACUUAUAAUGUGAUUAUGCCGCCAUCGUAUAUGAAGUUACAAUGAUACUUCUAAAUACAUAACAUAUUAAACAUUAU